AUGUCUGAAACAGAGAAUCAGUCGCAUGAAGUGAUUUGCACAUCCAGUAAUCGUCGCUUAAUUUGGAAAUUAUUAACUGUUUUACGAGCUGUAGUUGGUAUGUUCACAACUAUAGUGGUUUGGAUAUCAGCAAUCGCUUCAGUCUUGUCAGAUAAUGGAUUAGCUUUUGCAAUAUUUUUGGUUAUUGUUGGAAUGUUCUCAUCCGUACUUGAAUCCAGCCACGUUCUCCGUCUUUGUUUCGAAGCUAAAAGUGUUUGUGGUCGAGCUUGUAUGCGGAUUGCUUUUUUCGAUGGUAUAAUGCGUGGAACACUGUAUUUAUUUUUUGCAUUUUCUUGCUUGUAUCUUGAAUUAACUCUCCCAAGUAUUUUUUCAGGUUUUUUCUUGAUGAUAUCAGGCAUUCUCUACUCACUGAAGCAAUUUCAAAUAGUAAGUGCUGCAACAUUUGAAGAAAAACAGUCUGUAAUACCGAUGACAGUUCGAUGA